UGGGCCAGACGGGGCUAGGGGUAGCUGCAGCUGCAGUGCAGCUGAUCCUGACAGUGAUGGGAGGAGGUGGCCGCCAAAUGGAGAUGGGGCAGCUCUUGGUGCCAGGGCCGUGGUGGCGGUAACAGACCCAGCCCAAGCCCCUACCACAGUUCUGGAGGCCCCUAGGGGCUGAGAGUGAGUGAGGUGACAGAGUCCUGCAGGGGGUGACUGCCUGGUAGAGGACCCAGUGCCUACAAGAGGGUUCUGGGGCUUCCUGGUUCCUGCCUCCCCUCUGCUCCCAGUGAACCGUAGCAGGCUUGUCUUCUGUUCUGGGGUGGGGUCCCCUCCCGUGCCUCUCUGUCUCCCCAGCCCUGGGAGCAGGUCCUGGGAGCGGAGCAGGGCAGGGCCUCCUGGCAGCUUCCUUCCUUCCUUUCUUGGGACGGAAACUCAGCCGCUGUGGGGCUCCAGGCUGGAGCCUGAGCAGGGGAGGGGGGGCUCAGCCACCACCCUGCUCCCCAAAGUGACUCAGCCCCCAUAUCCCCACCCAUCCCUGGGGAGCCUGGGCCUCAGUAGGAAGCGGAUAAAUGGGGUGGCAGCCUGGGCUGGCUGGAGAGCUCAGGCCACUCCAGCUGGACACUCGCUGCCUGCCACUUCUGUCCUGCCUCCCAUGGCCCGCUCUGGGAAUGCUGCAUCACCUGCCCCGGCCCCAGGAGCCCCUCCACGGAGCCCAUCCUGGGGGCUUGUACAGGAUGUCAAUGGGCCACCGAGGGAGCUACGCCCUCGGCUCUGCCACCUGCGAAAGGGCCCCCAGGGCUACGGGUUCAACCUGCACAGUGACAAGACCCGGCCCGGACAGUAUAUUCGUUCUGUGGACCUGGGCUCGCCUGCCGCCCACUCUGGCCUCCUCGCCCGGGACCGACUCAUUGAGGUGAACGGGCAGAAUGUGGAGGGGCUGCGCCACGCGGAGGUGGUCGCCAGCAUCAAGGCGCGGGAGGACGAGGCCCGGCUGCUGGUGGUCGACCCAGAAACAGAUGAGUACUUCAAGCGGCUGCGGGUCACACCCACUGAGGAGCAUGUGGAAGGUCCACUGCCAUCACCAGUCACCAAUGGGACCAGCCCUGCCCAGCUGAAUGGUGGCUCAGCGUGUUCGUCCCGAAGCGAUCUGCCUGGCUUAGACAAGGACACUGAGGAUGGCAGCACCUGGAAGCGAGACCCCUUUCAGGAGAGUGGCCUCCACCUGAGCCCCACGGCAGCCGAGGCCAAGGAGAAGGCCAGAGCCACCCGGGUCAACAAGCGGGCGCCGCAGAUGGACUGGAACCGGAAGCGCGAGAUCUUCAGCAACUUCUGAGCCCCUCCCUGCCCAUUCGCUGGGCCCAGGCCUCCUCCCCGCACGGACCUCGGGCCUCACUCCUUGGGCCCAGCCCAGAGCUCCCCAAGCCGCAGUGAACUGGAGGGGGUGCAUCCGCACCCCCAGAAACUGUGGUGGUCCCACCACCACCCAGGAACCAACCCGUGUCCCAGUGAGCCCCCUUCUGCCCCCUUCCUGCUGGGUGCUGGGGGAGUGUGGCAGCAAGAUGGGCGAGAAGGAGCCCUUGAAAUGUGGGAGAGAGGGAGAGAGAGAGGAGGAGAGGCAGUGGUGACCAUGGGGCUGGCCGGCCCUUGCUGCUCUGCCCAGGCCUGCUGACUUAAAGGAAUUUGUGUUUUUGCUUUUUUUCCAAAAAGAGCUCCAGCUCCACACAUGUUUCCACUUAAUACCAGAGCCCCUGCCCCCGCCCCGCUCAGGACGUGCUCUCUGAAUAAUUGCAAUAAAACAAACCUUUCUCCACAAACCAUUUCCUCCCCACCCCCUCAGCAGCAGCUAUCCCAUGAGUCCCAGGGACUUCCAGGGCCAGAGGCGGGGGCGGGCUCCAGACUGCCUUUUUGGGGGCCAGAUGUGGCUGUAGGAGCUGCCUCUGCCCCAUCCCUGCCCCUCCUGGCGUGGGUGGUCACUAGGUCAGGCCCUCAGGGAUCUGGGGUGCAAGGCCUGGUCUCUCCGAGGGGCCUGAGGAGGGAGGCCCCAUGCCCCUGAAGUGGGCAGCCUCUGGACAGGCCCCAUGUCCCUGUGCAGCAGCUCCCUGGCCUGGGGCGUAUGGCUGUGUGAGCCUACCCCCAGGAGGGACCCCAGGCUUCUAGGCUCGGCCCCUGCCUGGAACCCCAUCCCCAGGAGACCCCAGUGACUCUGCCUUUCCUCUCUGCCCUGAACCCAACUGACAUUGCUGUCUGCCCUGUAAGCCAUAGCGCAUGCGCGCCCUCGGAAUAAACAGGCCUUCCUUGGA